AUGAGAGCAACUUCAACACACUCCUCUCUGCCGCGCCGCUGCUUCUUCUUUUUGUUCUCGCUUCAUUGGAAAGGCAAACGCCGGGAGGCUGCUUUCAGAGCCAGACUCGGGAUGGGCUCUCUGGCAGCCCUGCGGACCGUCCUGGUCCUGGUCCUGGUGACCGGACUGGCGGGGUGCGUCCCCGGCUUGAACGGGACGGCGGACCGCUUGGAGACCCUCUACUCCCGGUCCCUGGCGCGGAUCCCGGGAGAGAAGCGGGAGGACGUCAGCCGGGACAGCGACUACCUCCUGGGCAUAAAAAGAUUGCGGCGCCUCUAUUGCAACGUGGGGAUCGGUUUUCAUAUUCAGGUGUUGCCAGACGGUAGAAUAACAGGAGUACACAAUGAAAAUCGUCACAGUCUUCUGCAGAUCUCUCCAGUGGAGAGAGGAGUAGUGACUCUGCUGGGCAUUCGCAGUGGACUGUUUGUGGCCAUGAGCCGACGAGGAAAGCUGUAUGGAUCUCUACACUACAACAACGAGUGCAAGUUCAGAGAGAAGCUCCUCGCCAACAAUUACAACGCCUACGAGUCGGUGGCCUACCCAAGGAUGUACAUCGGCCUGAGUAAGAACGGCAAAACAAAAAGAGGAAACCGAGUGUCACCCGCCAUGACGGUGACACAUUUCUUGCCAAGAAUCUAG